UGGAAAGGAGGUGGCAGCUAUCAUGAUCCCAGAGGAGAUUCAGAGGCUCCUGGAAGAUGCUGAAGACUACCUGGCAGAUGGACUGCAGAAUGAAAACUUGAGUGCUAAAGCAAGGGAGCAGAGGGAUGCAAUUCUUUUUGGCUUCCAGCAAGUCAAAGCCAGGUACCACUUGGAAUUUCUGCCCCGAGGAGAGGAUCAGCACGAUGCUGGCUUUGGACAGGACAGUUCUGAUGAAAAUCAGAGCUGGAGUUUGGCCCCUUCCAUGACAUCUGAUGCUUCACUUCCAUCAGACUUCCAGGACGAUGGACUGGAGGACAUCACACCGAGGCCUGUUCAAGAUACAGGGAACAUUUUGAAGCAAGGAUAUCUGGAGAAGAGGUCUCGAGAGCACAGCUUUUUUGGGUCAGAGUGGCAGAAGCGGUGGUGUGUCCUCAACAGAAGGACCUUUUACUACUACGCCAAUGAGAAAAGCAAGCAACCUAAGGGCAGCUUCUCCAUUGAGCACUAUAGUGCCCGGCUGGCUUUUCACCUGCGCAAAGACUCUCGAAAAAGAUGCUGUUUCGAGUUAAUCUGCCCUGGCAAACGCACCUACGAGUUCACAGCCCCAAGCCCAGCAGAGGCUGAAGACUGGGUGGAUCAGAUCCAGUUCCUCCUGAAGGACCUGAGCUCCCUCACUAUCCCAUGUGAUGAGGAGGACGAAGAAGAGCCAUACAACGACGUGGACAGUUCUGACUCUGUGAACACAGCAUCCCACAAUACUACCCUGAAUCAGGAUGAGCCAAACGUUGAGAUGGAAGAGGAUGACAUCUACGAGGUUUUGCCAGAUGAGGAGCUGGACCCCCCCUUCCCAGAGGACAGCGAGGAUGCCGGGAGCAGACAGAGAAGCGGAGGUCCCUGGCGAGAUUACACCAAUUACUACCAAGGCAUGUGGGACUGCAGCAGCGAGCAUCCCGACGAGCUCUCCUUCCGUCGCGGAGACCUCAUCUACAUCCUGAGUAAGGAGUACAACAUGUACGGCUGGUGGGUCGGAGAGCUCAACAACGCGGUCGGGAUCGUCCCGAAGGAUUACCUGGUGGCUGCCUACGACCUGGAGGAGCGAUGAGGACCGCGGCACCCCAGGUGCUUCUCUCUCCCUGGCCAUGCUGAGAUACCAGCGCACCGUCCCCACCACCAGCCUCCCCCUGCUACGGGCACCCGUUGCAUGAAGAGACCCACGUCCCAUCACCCAGC